UGAUAGUCAGUAGCUCGAAAUAAGAACAUCAAUCGCGUCCCAGGAAGACGAAAGAAAAAGACUACCAAAUUGAAGAAAGGAUUUUGUCCGAGUAUCGAAGAAGCCAGCGGCAGGAAGGCUUUCGAUUGUUUCUCUGUGCAUAGUUGGAUAUUGAGCUCUCCGCCACUUUCUGUUCUGGAACUGCAAUCUUCGAUUCUAAAACUACUCUGGAUCGGUUCUUCUAGCAUUGGAACAAGGUGAUACGAAUUGGGCAGUUUAGAAGGUGAAACAAAAUGGUCUUGCGAAUGUAGACUGCACAAGAAGUCUCUUGGCUUAAAAGUAAUUGUUUGUCAUUCUCAAGCAGGUGGGGAUUCCUGGAAAAGUGAUCAAUGGAGGGUGACAGGCUGAACUCCCCAAGUACAUGCGCAGUUAUGCUUGAAGCUUUGGGCCAUCAACUGCAGUUUUCUCAGGAUCCAAAUUCCAAGCACCUGGGAACCACAGUUUGGGAUGCAUCUAUGGUACUUGUCAAAUAUUUGGAAAAGAACUGCAGAAGGGGAAGGUUCAGCCAAUCCAAGCUUAAAGGAAAACGUGCUAUUGAACUUGGAGCUGGUUGUGGAGUAGCUGGGUUUGGAAUGGCACUUCUAGGAUGUGAUGUAAUUUCAACAGAUCAGGUCGAGGUUUUGCCAUUGCUUAUGCGAAAUGUUGAACGUAACACUCGGAGAAUUCUACAAUCAGAACAAAGUUCAGGUUCCUUUGGGUCGAUCAGGGUUGCGGAAUUAGAUUGGGGAAACGAAGAACAUAUUAGAGGUGUUGCCCCACCAUUUGACUUCAUCAUUGGAACUGAUGUUGUAUACAAGGAGCAUCUGUUAGAGCCUUUACUGCAGACCAUUUUGGCUUUAUCGGGCCCUAAAACCACAAUCUUGUUGGGGCAUGAGAUUCGUUCUACAAAUGUCCAUGAGAAAAUGCUUGCGAUUUGGAAAAGCAAUUUUGAGGUGAAAACCGUACCGAAAUCUAAGAUGCAUUAUAAGUACCAACACCCUAGUAUUCAGCUUUACAUCAUGGACUUCAAACAUAAUGGUGGCGGGAUAAGAGCCGUGAUAGACCAUCAGCAAGCUGAUGUAGAAUCAGGAUCAGAAGUAGUGGAAGAGGAAGAGGAGGAUUCUCAAGCUAGUAAUGAUUCUGUAGUCGAUAAUGUUCGAGAUCCUUCUUGUGAGAUUACUGAUCAAGAACAGCAAGCAGUGAAGUCGCCAGAGGCAGGGGGGAUCACCGAUUGGGAAUCGAUGAGGAUUGGCUCAAUGGCUGCUAGGCUUCUGCGUGAUGUCAAGAUAACUUGACUUUUCCGUACACAUGCACCUACAGCAACUACUGCUAUUUAACUCGGUAGUUAGAUGCUUGGUACAUCCACUGUGAUACAGAAUUUAAAAGAAAAUGAUUUUUGUAGAAACAUGAUCAGUUAGCACUUAGCAGUUAGCAAUUAUGUUUCUUCGUUCGCAUAACUCGAGCAGCGUAAAAGUGAUGAAAGCUUUGGUUAUGUGGUGCAAAGGUUGUUUGCUUUUUGGACAAGGAAGAAGGCAGGAG